AUGAAAGCAAUCUUUUUUUUUUGUCCCCUAGGAAUUGAUUUUAAAAUCAGAACAAUAGAACUAGAUGGGAAGAAAAUCAAACUACAGAUAUGGGAUACGGCAGGCCAGGAAAGAUUCCGCACGAUCACAACUGCGUAUUACAGAGGCGCGAUGGGAAUCAUGCUGGUCUACGACAUCACGAAUGAGAAGUCUUUCGACAAUAUUAAAAACUGGAUAAGGAACAUAGAAGAGCAUGCUUCUUCAGACGUAGAGAGAAUGAUCUUGGGUAACAAAUGCGAUAUGAACGAAAAAAGACAAGUUUCAAAAGAAAAAGGAGAGAAGCUAGCGAUCGAUUACGGCAUCAAAUUUCUGGAGACCAGUGCGAAAUCGAGCAUAAAUGUGGAAGAGGCUUUCUUCACUCUUGCACGGGAUAUUAUGACAAAACUCAACAGAAAAAUGAACGACGGCAGUUCGGCGAGUGCAGGCGGGCCCGUGAAAAUAACAGAAAACAGAUCGAAGAAGACCAGCUUCUUCCGAUGCGCGCUGCUUUGAUGAACUCCCUAAUAACAGACUGCAGCAGGCCUAGAAGAAAAAACAAAACAAAACGAGAAAAAAAACAAACCCUUUUCCUGCUUCUUUGAAAGCACACAUGCUCUCCUCCCGGCCACGGGAGAUGUGACCACCCCGGCUGCUUGCUGAGAGCUCUCGUCCGAACACCCGAACCGAGAAGAACACGGAUUCCGGUUCGCUCUGCUCCCUCUUCUCAGACACGGAUGCCGCGAGGCUGAGAGAGACACCACCCGUGCGGGAGCCACGUCUACGUUUUCCUUCAUUGCUUUUGCUUCUUCUGUGCCCGAUCCGGAAGCCGCUGCGGUUCCUUUUCUCUCGCACCCACCCACCCCCCUCUUUAAACUGUUGCACGUCUGCAUCGUGGGCCUUCCGUUGCCUGUCAGCACAGUUUUCACGCUUCUUCCUGCACAGCUUUUUCUUCUUUGGUCUGGCCAGAGAUCCUCAUCCCCAUGCGCCUGUUUCUCCCCCCCCCCCAGCUUGGAGAACAAAUACCACCAAACGUAGAGCAGGGUUCUGGCCCACCGGAGUGUUGUUCUUGGGGGCGGGAGGUCGUCCCAAGUGGGAUAGAUCCCUGUUUCUCUUCUCCCUGCCUCCGCGUCCGUAUCAGAAGUUCUCCAGGGCCGUCCUCUGUCCUUGCAGAACCUCCCUUUGUGGUACAAAUUACUUGUGCCUCAGAGGGACAGAUGAUUGGUAUCCAAGUGGUCCAGAGGAAGAGCUUCUGGAGAUGUAUGGAAACCUCCAAGCUUUUGCUCUGGUGGCUGUUCCCACGUGUGUCUGGGCGAGGGGAGACGGCUCUUUGUGAGAGUCCUCGGGGGGCCCAGACGUGGCAGCCGACGGUUGACCGGAUUUUGCCCUUUCUCAGGCACACAAAUAUCUGUGAAAUAAAUGUUUCCACGUGAUCCAGUGAUGGAAACGUUUCUAACACCCAAGGCACUUAAAAGUUCCCAUUUGGGUUACCUGCUUGUCUUUAACGAAACGCACAGGCCUGUUUGUGUCGAAAUAUCCCCCCCCCCCCCCCCCGGGGAGGC